AUCCUCCUCUAUCUGAAGCUUAUUUUUGGGCACAAAACCAGACAGCGAUCGCGCAUAUACACUUGACCGAUGGUUUUGGGGAUUGUAGUUCAAUUAUAUAUAUAUUUCGUACAAGAGAUACCAUAAGUGAACUACAGUAUCCAGAAAUACCCCCAGCUGAAAGGGACUUUAAAGUACAUUGUUUUAGCUGUCUUGCAAUGUUUACUUCCUUCGUGCACGGUAUGUCAUCUUCGACACGGAGGCAGCGUUUGUGCUCUACGGUCAAUGUUUUCUCUUGCAUCGGCGUCUAUUCUAAACUGUACAGAUGCUACACCUUUUAAGUCGGUGAAGCAAAACCAGGGCUAGAUCGCUAAGCGGUCACACCGAACGGCGACUCUGGAGUGUCCGCAAUGGCGAUGUUCCGCAGUUUUGUCUCGGCUGCCCAGCUCAGGCAACAUCAUCAGCAAGACGCUCAGCAGAGCGGGUCAGCGGCCGCUGCCUCUGUCGAGAGCAUCGAAGCCCAGUUCUCAUGCCCGAUAUGUUUGGAGGUUUACCACAAACCUGUCAGCAUCGCCGCCUGCGCUCACACGUUCUGUGGCGAGUGUCUACAGCCCUGCCUGCAUGUGGCCUCGCCUCUCUGCCCCCUAUGUCGCAUGCCCUUUGACCCAAAGAAGGUGGACAGGUGCUCCGCCGCGGAGAAGCAGCUCUCCUCGUAUAAAGCGCCAUGCCGAGGCUGCAAUAAAAAGGUCACCCUGGUGAAAAUGCGCUCUCACAUCUCGUCCUGCGCUAAAGUUCAGGAACAGAUGGCAAACUGUCCAAAGUUUGUGCCAGUCGUGCCCACCUCACAACCUAUUCCCAGCAAUAUUCCAAACCGCUCCACUUUCGUGUGCCCGUACUGUGGAGCCCGCAACUUGGACCAGCAGGAGCUGGUGAAACACUGCAUGGAGAAUCACCGCAAUGACCCUAACAGAGUGGUUUGCCCAGUGUGUUCUGCCAUGCCCUGGGGUGACCCUAGCUACAAGAGCUCCAACUUCCUGCAGCACCUCCUGCAUCGACACAAGUUCUCCUACGACACGUUUGUGGAUUACAGCAUUGAUGAAGAGGAGGCCCUGCAAGCUGCUCUUGCUCUCUCGCUUUCAGAGAACUGAACCCCCUCUUCCUUGUUCUGGUUGCAGUUAUUCCACACUCUGCUGCUCAGCCCAGCUGCAGCGCCAACUCUUCCAUAUGCCCACUAGGGGGAGCAGCUAUCCAUCGCUGAAACGGGUCUGAAACAUAAACACUGCAGUACAUGAAAAGGCGGGAUUUGGGUUCAGAUGACAAUACUCUUUAAGUGCUGGUAUUUAAUUUGGGAAAACCACAUCAUGCAGUUCAUGUUUGGUCGCUUUGUUUUCACUUCUUUGUGUUGAAGAAGGGACCAAAUUGCUGUUACAGCUCCUAUACAAACAGAGUAGUGUGUGUGCGUGUGAGUUUGGUCUGUACUGAGGUAAACAGUACUGUACAAAUUGAGCACAGAUAAGGCAACAUCAGUCACCACUGACAUCAUGGUUAUGCAAUGACCGUCCCCAGUACAAACUCUACCUUUUUUAUUAGGGUCCUUGAAUACUUCCAAACAUUAACAUUUUUCUACAUAAUUAAAUUGUUGUAUUAUUUUGAACUUAAACGGAAUAGAAAUACAUUUAUUCUUCAUACUGCUGUUACCUGAUUAAAUUGCUACAAUAGUAUUUUUUUAUGAAGCAUAUAAAAAGUAUAUAUUUUUGAAAAACAAAAUUCAGUUUCACUUGCUGCACUUAGCAUGAAAGUGAGCCACAUGUCUGACUGCUAGAGGUUUGUUGGUUCAUUUGCUUAUAUUUUUUUGGUGUCCAUUGACAUAGUGCCCUGUUCUUGGUAGGUGAGGAUGAUUGAGACUGUUUCAGACCUGAUUUGUAUAGUGUGUGCACAGACAGCAGACACCACGAGCAUCCUUAUUCUGUCAGUGAUAUUGUCCUGAGCUCCAUGGAUUUCACCGAGUGGGAUUAAUAACAUAAAGCUUUCUGCAUGUGUAAUACCCAGAUGUACAGAACUCUUACAAGCUUGUAUGCAAAUUUCUCUCUGUAGUUGGGCAGGAGGAGAGAUAUCUAUCUCUAUACACAGUACAAAUUUCAGGCCAUUACAUAGCAUUUUUAGGUAAGUCAUUUACAGUUGUGAUUUUUAAAAAAUAUCUGGUAAUACUUUUAAAGUUUGAUAAAUGUGCUGCUGUUUUGUGAUAGAAGAGAUGCUUCUUAGUAGAGCACUAUAGCUAUGCAGGCAAAACGAAUGAAGCAGGACCUCAGUUACACCACCGGUCAAGAGAUGACUCAAGAUGACUCGACGCUUUUAUCACGCACAUGUGACCUGGUGUUCAGUCCUGCAAGGCACGUGCGUGUCUCUGAUCUUUGUUUUUGUGCCUCAGUGUUCUGCAUAUUAUUUUCCCUGUAGUUUUCAGUCCUACAGAUAAAGAAUGUGGGCAGUUGGCAGUACAGCAAAUCCUUGUUGGAAUGGCAGUGGCCAGCGAAUACCUGCGAGCUUUCGACUUGCUAGUGAGAUUACCUGCUAACCCUCAUUGUAUGGCACUUAAGUUUAAAUGAUUUCAUAAUACUAUUUUAAGAAACAUUUUCUAGCUUUUGGACAUUUCAGCUUCUUUUAAAACAAUACAAAUGUGUGUUAAGUGGUUGUUAGGGUUAUAUUACUGUACAAGAAGAGGGGGCAUAGGCCUAUAUUUAAUGUACUGUACUGUAGUUUGAGUGUUCUAUAAUGGGGGAGGGUGUCCUUUCAAAGAUGCCAUUUGUAUUUGCAGAAAUUCCCCAACAUCUUAAAAGCACUAAAAAGAGAGUGCACAUGGUGUUGGAGUGAUUAAUGAUUAUUGUCAGCAUGAUUUCAAAAAGUUGCAAGCCUAAAGCAUUAUAAAGGUUAUAAAGAAAAUUACAUAUAUAAACUACUAAGCUUUUUUGAAAUUAUAAGACCGUGUCCUUGGAUUACAAUGAGCAUAUCAAUGUUAACUGUCCCCAGGACCCUGACCAGAAUAACCGGUUGGAAAAUGGAUGGAUGGAUAUUUAAACUGUUACGAGUGGUGUUAUUACUUUUACUAUUAGAGGCAAUAAGUAUUCGGACAGUGGUUAAAAUCUAGGCUAACAAACUCUGUUAAUAGAUGUUAAACACUGUAAGACCUCUUCCUUCACUUUAGGUUCUAUAUUUGACUACUUCAGAUAAUCCCAUUUUGUAAAUAUUUCUAAGCCAUCUUUCUUUUUUAAAGUGAAAAUGCUUGACAGAACUGUGUUGUAAAGCAGAGAUUUUUCUCUCUCCAGCGUUGUUGGUGUUGUUUUCCAUUCUUUUUUUACUUUUAGUCUUGAUUAAUAAUCCCAAGAUGAAUCACCAGCAAGGUGCACUAUCUGUACUGUAAAUGUUUGCAAGCCAAAGCUGUGUCUGCAACUAAUAUUCCAUUCAGAUGCAAAAAUAAUGGAAGAAAUAUUUUCAUGCGAUCCAACUGUAUCAUUAAAAAUCGCUGCAUGCAAAAGUAACAAGCAGGAGUUUGUGAGUGAAAUAUUUUGCAGAAAAAAUAAUCAAGGAGUAGUAGAAAGAGAGUACGAAACAUCCACCCAACCGUCCAUGUUUUAACCGCAUAUUCUGGUCAGAGUUGCAAGGUGGCCUUCAAAAAAAUGCAAAACUGAAGACUACCUGGCCAGUGUGCUUCCUGUUUUGGUAUGCGGUCACCUGAUGAUGAAGACCUGGGUCUUCUAAAGCAGUGGAAGAAUGAGCAUAAGUGGCCGCAUAUCCACAGCAACACUCUGCUCUGAAUCCUCGGCAUCGCACUGCCAUCACCCAUCCUGCCCGGUGUGGCUGGAACUCCACCAUCAAAGCUUCCUUUGAUGACGAUGGACCACGAUGCACAUGGCAAGUCAGGAAGCCUCCUUUUGACACACACAUGAGCGGAAAGAUAUUUACCAUUCACUGGCUACAGUUCCCAGCUUGGGGAUCAAUGUGAUUUAUGCAUUUACAAAUAACUAAUGAUGAUGGUCAUGUGCAUUUAGAAGUUAUUAUACUAUUUCAGGUUUAAUAAGAACUUUACUCUGUAUUUGUAGCAGUUUCCUUAAUAAACACUGGUCUUCACCGCUUCA